AUGAAGCGAACGGAAACCGAGGCGUUCAGUCAACUGGAAGAGCAGCGGGAUAGCAAAACAAACUCCAUUCCGCGCAUAAGUGUAGGAUCACAAUCAAGUGACGACGAAAAUGUCGACAAUAAUGCUGUCGACGUGUUGUCCAUUCCAACGAUGCAUCUGGAUCAAGAUGAAAAGGUGCUUCGUUGGGAUGCCGUAAGUGACAGCAAUACGGAAGACGAGACCGACGAUGCUGAAAUGCCGUCAAGUGGUAAAUCAUCACUGCAUCUCUGGAAUCAAGUUGCUCCGACCACUAAAGCUGAAACUAGCCAAGCUACCGUCAUGUACUCUAUCUCGUUCUACCCAUGGAAGAUGGAACCACAUUGCUAUUAUUCUCACCCGGAAGCUGCAGCAAAUUGGGUUCCCGAUACGGCAAGUACUCGUUGCCAGGUUUGUCACGCAACAUUUACCCUUACACGUCGACGACAUCACUGCAGAUUAUGUGGACAUCUUGUGUGCGCUAAUUGCUCGCACGAUCGAACAUAUUUACCAUUUGCUGGCUCAACACCAAGCCAACACCGACUCAUUAAGGAUGGCGCACCUCAGCGCACAUGUAGUGAAUGUGCAAAUACGUUACGAAAUAUGGCAGGACAAGACGAUCCACGUGUAAAGCGCUUCACAGUGGCUGUCUCAGCACGACGGCGUAAGCCCAUUGCGUCAGCGAUGUCAAAACCAUCACCACAGCCGGUAGUUGAGGUGGAGGUGGAACGUCCCUCUCCGUGGUUGAGACGUACUGACUUGGCUUUUACUGACAGCAAUAUCGAGGAUGAAGAUAUAUCCUCCAGGUCCACAAAAGCGUUGCAACCCAAUCAAUGUAUUCGUGAAAAUACACACCAUUUGCCGCAUCGUGUUUCAGUCACCCCGGCAGAAGAAUUGGAUGAAGUUUUGAGUGCAAGAACGUCUUCCCAAGUACACUCAAAGGUGGAUCCGCGCGGCAAUACUGGUAGCAGACAAUUCGUCAUCAGCUCGGCAUGGCUUAAGCAGUGGCUUCGGUAUGUCCGUGUGGAUCCAGCCAGUGUUGAAGCCGAUGCAUCAAAUCCAAAUUCUACGCGAUUAUCAUACCAGAGCUAUAGAAAUGGAGCGCACAAGAAAUCGACUACGAAGUACCGAAUAGCAAAACCUCCACGACCAGGACCAGUGGCCAAUUACAUACUUCUGGAUUUCGUGAAUGGUGAAUUGGUAUCCAAGCCUAAUCUCCAACGAAGCAGAGGAAGUCACGUUGGAGGAGAUUAUCGGAUUGUCAGCCAGGAAGUUUGGGUUGCCUUCUUGGACUUAUAUGGUGGUGGGCCAAGCAUUCAAGUCUCUCUCAGCACCGAUGCUGCUAGCAGAAAAGUGGCUUUGAACGACCACUCUCGACCGCCGACACGCCCACAGUGGCUCGUUUUGAAGAUGGAUAGUUCGUUGCCAGCUCUAGCAGUCUCUCCUACAAAGCGCUGUAACUCUGUCUCGAAAAAGACAGCAGCUAAGUUCAAACCAAUUCGUAACGCUUCCGCAAACUCAAGGCAAAGACCUCGCUUAGCUUCUCGAAAACGCUUGGUCUUGGCAUCUUCAAAACAUUUACUCGUAAAAAAGAGAGCGGCACGCUGCUCAGAGAGUUGCGGAUCCCCUCAGUCAAGGUCACACAGUCAGUGGAAACUGCGUGAAGAAGGAAACUUACAAACUCAAGCGGAGACGAUACGACGUAAGUGGACGUUGACUUCCGCAAAGAGCAAGCCAAAGUGCACCGUCGUCGAUGGUACUCAAAAUUCGACAGGAGAGACGAGCUCCACGUUAGCUGCUGUUGCGGCAUUCGCCAAUGCUGCCACGCUGGCUCGUCAACGGUCAGCUAAGUCUCUCUUGUAUCAUUCUGCUCGAACGAAUGGUCUGAUGCCGGAAGCUGAGUAA